AGAAGGAAAAACAACGCGCGGCCAGACUAGAAGGAAAAAACUCGAGCUCGAAGCGUGUUGUGAUGCAGAGUCAAAAGGCAGGACAGAUCGAGCGGGAACCUUCGAAAAAGGCCUGUGCCGCUAACAUAGAGCAGCAGCAGCAGCAGGGCUGCACCGUGCGCAAAGAGGAGAGCAGCCGCGCCGAGGCUCGGUGAGCAGUGCGACGGGCCGAGCAGGCCGCAGCGGCCCGUUGCCAAAAUCAGCAGCAGCGAGUAUCGGCGACUUUUAGCAGCACAAGCAAAGUCGACGAACAGCAGAACAGAUGUCUUGACAGCGGGCCCAGGGCCAGCAGGAUGCCGACGGACGAUGACUAUGGCCGAAGAGAACGUCUCUUACUGCAUCAGCAGCAACAGCAACAGUCAGGAUCCAGUAGUAGCCAAUACAGCAGCAACAAUCAACAGCAGCAAUCGCUGUUACCCUCGGCCUCGCCGCUCCACGCUGGAGGAGGAGGAGGAGGCGGUGGAGGAAACAACAGCAGCACCGCCGGCAACAACGGCAACAGCAACAACGUCGACUAUUACCAUCAUCACGCAGGCUCCAAGCAGUCGCAGCAGCAGCAGCAGCAGCAGAAUGACCCACUGCUCGCCCGACAGAUAUCGCAAAGUCUCAUGGGCGAGCACCAUCGCUACGGGGCCGUGCGCCAUGGAUACGUCUCGGGCCAAGCUGCUGCUGCCUCUGAAGCCAAUACUUACCAAUUGCCAUCUGCUGCCGAGCGCUCUCAUCAGCAGCAGCAGCAAAACUCAAAAAGCAGCAACGGGAACAACGAGUACGCGAACGCAGCGGCCGUACUCCACCAUCAACACCACCACCACCACCACCACCAGCAGCACUCUGCGGGUGGCCAGGGUGGCGGGGGGUCUGUUCACCCUUCCGGCGCAGGCCCUACAUUCUCUCCGGAAACUUUCCCGUCUCCGCCGUCGCCCGCACCAGCCAGCGACUGCUUCGUACCUCCGCCGCCGCUGUCGCCAGGCACCCCAGGCGCCAGCGCGGCCUCGCAAUCGUCAAACAGCGCCAACAAGUACAAUCAGUCAGGCGCAUCACAGUCUCUGGUUGGUUAUACUGCUGCUGAUCGUCUUCUUGCCGCCGGUUCUGCGAUCGCCCAGCAGCAGCUCCUCGUCGGUAGAUCAGCGUCACCGGCCAAGGACCACCACCAGCAGCAACAGCAACGGUUUGCAUCGUCGGAACGACUGCUCGGCUCAUCGGAAGCUACCGCCAACAACAAGGAUCAGCAGCAGCAGCAGCAGCAGCCAGGACAGCAGCAACGAUACUGCGUCAGCUCGUCUACCGAGCGACUACUCGCCUCGCCGGUCCUCGGCGCCGUCGGGCUCCAUCAGAGCCACCGACUGCUCAGCUCGUCGCCGAUACACGCCCCCGUGCCCGAGAGGUUCGCCAGCGGUAACGGCAACGCCAGCGGGAACAACGGCAGCAAGUCCUCGCCGCUGCACGACAGGUACCAUCAUGGCUCGUCGUGCUCGGAGUCGUCCUCCUCGAGGUACGUCUCGAGCUCGCCGAAUCCGGAAGGCCGCUACUCCUCGAGCGAGAGGAUCCUCGGCAGCUCGGGGCAAGAGUCACAGCAGCAGCAGCGCAGGUACUCGCAGGACCAGGGCGAAGCCUCGUCGCUUUGUCAAAAGUACGAAACUCACGACCCAAGGACGUCGGCUUCGCCGGCCCCGGACUACGGCGCCAGGUAUCAAGCUUACCAGGACUGCGUCGGCGGCGGCCAAAAUGGCUCGGAGCGAGGAAGCGGAUCGAGCAGGGCGUACCAGAGCGGAGACCGUUUCAACGAUCUGGCCAUGCAGAGGUUCGCGGCUCAGAGCAGGCCGCUUGAUAGGUUUGCUGCCGCCGAGCAGAGAUACCUGUCGAGCGGAGCUGGUGGAACCACUGGACACGACGUCCGACAGUCCAAUACUGUCGAGAUAGCCAGGUAUACUUGCAACGCGUCGACGGAGCGUCUGCUGUCCUCGUCCUCGUCGCCGUCGUUAACGGAAGCAACGAGCGGCGGUGGCUCCAAUCAUCACUACGGCAAUUCCGUUGGUUCCCAGAGUGUCGUAAACGGCGGUAGUAGCAGCUACCUAUCGCCAACAUCCGACGGCGCGAAUCCGUCCGGUCACUGUUACUCCCAACAGCAGCAGCAGCAGCAGCAGCAGCAGUCUUCCAAUAAGCAUCAGCACCACCAGCACCUUCAUCACCAGUCUCAGCACCAGAUGUCGAAAUCCGUGCAGAGCAGCUACGAUCAUCUGGCCGACGUCGAUCACGCGCCGACGAGAUACGGCGGCAGCAGCAGCGAUCGCUACAGCGAUCUCGAGGGCAGUGGUGGCAGCAGCAGAUACGGUCGAGGCGACAGGUAUCACUGCGCCACGACGGACCGUUACUCGCCGGCCCACGGCCAUCACCACGUCGACAAGUACCUGUCGUUGCCCAAGCCCAAGGACAGAUACAGCACGACGAGCGGCAGGAUAGGCGGCAGCAGCUGCGCCGGCUCGUUGUCGUCCGGCGGUAGCUACGUUCCACCGGCGGCUCACACACCGGUGGAGAGGUACGUGCCGCAGCCACCGCCCGAGGUGCUGUAUCCGGAGCGUUUCUCGGACCGUUACACGACGACCACGUCCACGACGACGGAACGCUUCGUACUGGCGGCCGAGGCGGCCGCGAGCGGUGGUACGAGCGCCGCUGGCAGCGAAUCCUACCUGCGUGGCUUUCACUACCGAUUGCCGCCCAGUGGCUAUCCGUAUCAGACGGCGCCUCAUCAGGGCCACUUCCGGCUCAGGGGCGGUCUGAAUUAUCAAUCGCCGGCGCGUCUGAGCGGCAGCCCGGGCUCCAGCAGUACGGGCAGCUCGAGCUCCAACGCCCAGCGCGACUCGAGCUUUUCCACCUCGCCUCUGCUGAGGCCGAAAAAUCGCGAUUACUCGAAACAGCAACAGCAACAGCAGCAACCGCAAUGCUGCGCCGAAACGUCGCAGUCGUCGCAGUCGUCGCAGUCGUCGCAGCAGCAACAGUCGCAAACGAGGGCGACGCAACAAACUGCGAGCUGCUGUCAACAAGUUAGGAGAUCCGUGCCUCCGGGCGCCCUGUCGACGAUACCUCAGCAGCAGCAGGCCAGCGCAGCGGCGGCGGCAGCAGCCAGUUGGCAAGCCUCGCCCAAUUCGGCGACGACCAAUAGUUCAUCGAUAUCCGAUGGCUCGGAACAGCAGCAGCAGCAACAACAACAGCAACAGCAGAGUCUCAACCUUUACCCGGUCGGUCAACAGCAGCAGUCGACGGAAUCGAGCUCGACGACCCCGACGACGAGUAGCACGGCGUCUACCGCCACCUGUCCAGCAGGAAGCGGAAACAGCAGUAGCAACUCGUCGUCACAGCAGCAGCACCACCAGCACCAGCCGCAAUCGUCGCUGCAGAGCAAUGUACAGCGUAGCGUGUCGGCACCGACUGGCCCGAGGCCGCAGAUGCUCUCGACCGGCAGCAAUACCAGUACGGCGAGCAUACCGUUGCCCGGGACUAGCCAGAGACAGGCUAACAACGGCAACAGGACUCUGAGGAGAAAUCAGAGCCGCACCGAAGCUAUCAAAAACUACAUCAAACGCGAGACUGCCACGUUCUUCGGCGUCGACGAGGAAAGCGAGGCGGCGGAGAGGCAGAAAUGGCUCGACCGGCGAAGGCGAAUGGCCUCGAGAAAAUACGGCGCUCUGCUGCCCGAGUACAAACCGCCGGAUCCCGAUAUAACCAAAGAUGUGCCGGAUGCUUUAGAAGUCACCGACUCUGUCACGCUGAGAAAAUGGCAGAGACCAGCAAGAACAAAAGACUCGGUCGCAAGGAUGACGCUCUCGGGCAUCCAAUACUUGGUCGAUACGCUGAGACGUCAGCGACCGCUGUCGGACCGGGGCGAGACUUCCCGGAGUUUUCCGCCGAGUGCCACGCACACGACGACAGAGGACGUCCUGCACACGGACGAGGGGGCCACCUCCGAUCCCAACGCCGAGGACGACGACGAGGAGGAAGCCUUCUUUCGAGCUCCUCAAGGACUUCAACAACAACAGCAGCAGCAACAGCAGCAAAUAGACGGCCAAAGCCAAUUGACCGACGAAAUAAUGAGCGCCGCCGCCGCCGCCGCUCAAGGAAAAUCCAUCGACGUCGAGGACGGUGGAGGUGCUGGUGCGGGAGCAGCUGCAGCGGCCACACUGGAUUCCAUUAGAAUUGGCGUCGACUCGAUGUGGAGUGCCGAAAGCUUAACGAGCGCGGAUAAACAGCAGCAGCAUCCGGAGGAAAGGGCUAGCAUCGACGGUCACUCUAGACGAGCGGCGGCUCACAAGGCUAUAUCAUCCAAGGACCAUUAUACGCUCAGAACCAGGCCAGAGCCAGAGGUGCAAUAUCACCAUCCGCAAGCCGAGGCAAUAUUGCCAAGGGUGAAAACGACUUUCGGCGGUAAACGCAUACACCCGAGCACCAUCGAUCGCGUCUUCGAUAACAGCAACCGCAGGCUCUACGGCAUGGGCAUCGUUGGACGUUUCUUCGGGCGAUCGUUUCGCAAGAGCGUCGCCCAGAAACCGGACGUCAGGAGGCAGCUGGACGACUUUGAGGAUCAUCGGCCGUACUUCACUUACUGGAUAACCACCGUGCAGCUGCUCAUACUCAUCAUCUCGCUGGCCUGCUACGGCUUCGGGCCCGUCGGCCUCGAUCUUCAUCAUCGCUCGAGCUUGGUGCUGGUUACGUCGCUUUCGUUGCAACAGGUCGAGUAUCAAGAGCCCGCGAACUUUUGGCUCGGCCCCCGGGCCUCCGAUCUCAUACAUCUGGGCGCCAAGUUCGCGCCCUGCAUGAGACGCGACAUCAAGAUACUCAAGGAGAUCGACGUGUGGCGGGAAAAGGAGCGAGACACCGCCUGCUGCAUCAGGAACGACGACUCGGGCUGCGUGCAGUCUAGUCGCGCCGAGUGCUCUGUCCGGGGGAUGAGCUCCACUUCUACGAACACAAUAUCGACGUGGAAAAAGUGGGGCCCCGCGGACAGCGGACCCGGUGGUCGCAUAAGCGGCUCGGUUUGCGGUCUAGAUCCUAAAUUCUGCGACGCUCCAGCUAGCAUAGCACCGUACGAAUGGCCCGACGACAUCACGAAAUGGCCCAUUUGUCGGAAAAUCAAUCCGUUCAGUCAGCGCUUCAGAAGCAAGCAAGAGUCCAACGGGCCGGGAAACGCCAACUUUCCGAUCGGCUACAAGGAUAAGAUGGCAGAGCACAUGGUGUGCGAGGUGAUCGGUCAUCCCUGCUGCAUCGGCAUACACGGCACGUGCCGCAUCACCACCAAGGAGUACUGCGACUUCGUGCACGGCUACUUUCACGAGGAGGCCUCGCUCUGCUCGCAGGUCGAGUGCCUGCACGACGUCUGCGGCAUGAUACCGUUUCUGCAUCCCGAGUGGCCGGAUCAGUUCUAUCGACUGUUCACGACGACGUUUUUGCACGCUGGCAUAUUUCACAUAGCCAUUACGCUGUUGGUUCAAUAUUUCUUGAUGAGAGACUUGGAAAAACUGACUGGUUCGGUGCGCAUAGCGCUGAUCUACUUCAUCGGUGCUUUGGCUGGUAAUCUUGCCAGUGCCAUUUUCGUGCCCUACAGAGCAGAGGUCGGUCCUGCGGGUGCCCACUUCGCUCUGCUGGCCACUCUGGUCGUGGAGGUGCUGCACUGUUGGCCGAUGCUGAAAUAUCCCCGGCGAGCCCUCAGCAAGCUCAUGAUCAUCUUAGUAGGUCUGCUGAUGCUCGGCGUUCUACCUUGGGUCGACAAUUACGCCCACCUGUUCGGCUUCAUAUUCGGCUUUCUCGCCGCGUACGCCCUCAUGCCGUUCAUCUCGUUCGGACACUACGAUCGCCGUCGCAAGAUCUUCGUCAUCUGGAUCUGCUCGCUCCUCAUACUCGGCCUCUUCGGGCUGCUGCUGGCGCUGUUCUACAACGUCCCCAUGUACGAGUGUGAGCUCUGCAAGCUGUUCAACUGCAUACCGUUCACGCGGGACUUUUGCGCCUCGCAGAACAUCAAUUUCAAGCGCGAGGAGCCGGUAUGACGUAGGGGGCCGCGGCCACCGGUCGGUGCAGCGGGGCGCGCUUAUUGGCAGCCGCUCGGCCCAUCGUCUAUUAUCCUGCUUCUCGCGAGCAAAAGAUGUUUAUUCACGAGUUACUACUACCGCUUGUUGUUCGGUGAUAGCGAGACCUUGAAGAAAAAGCCUGGACUCGUGCAGCGUCUCAGACUCGCCGUCGACGCUAUCUGUUGUCGUUGUUGCUGUUUCUGUUAAACACUUCUUUUAUACUUGUCUAUUUUUUCUUGUUUGUGACUAGUGCAGUAGCAAAAUCCGUACGUACGCAUUAAUUAUGACAUAGACGCGUAACGAUUAGCAAUGUGACUGUUCGAUUACUUAAAAAGACUUAGCUUCGUAAUAAUAAGAAAUUACGGGUUGAGUUGCUCUCAUUUCACGAUAUAACUAGCAUUUAUUAUUAUUAUUGUGCAGUGAUUACGAUAAAUGAUAAUUAAACAAGCAUGGAAGGUAUUUUUUAUCGAACCACUCUCAAAUAACGUAUGCAUGCGAAAUGCACGAGCCAGAAAAUUAAAUACUAACAAUAGUGACAAUAUAUCGUGCACUAUUAUAUAUGUAUGUAUAAAUACAUAAGUAUCGUCCUCGAUAAUAAUACAGACUGCCCAAUAACAAUAUCUAUAGAAAAAGUCUGAUAUCUGUGCAUUUGCGAAAUUGGAGAAUAAAUAUAAGCAUAGGUUGUUUUAAACAAAAAGUCAAUCACAAGGUGGAGGAUAAUGAAAAAUACGAUUUUCAGUGUUAGUAAUGUUUGAACAGAAUUAACAUAGAAGAGCAAUCAUUGGAUACACACUUUACUUCACAGAUCUGUGGACAGAGUUGUUCGGCACAAUAUUAGCAAGAUUAUUAUUUUCAAGAACUAUAACUACGCGAUAGAGUUCGACUUUUAACUGUUUGUUUUGCUACUGCCAGUUUUUUUCUUCCUAUAAAAAUUCUUAUUCGACAACAGCUGCAUGAUAAAAUAACGUGUUCAUCGGUAUGGCCGACGAUAAAAAAAUUAAAAAUUAAUGCCUUAAAAAGUAAGAAAUUGAUCCCAUACCAACCGAUGACGGAAUAAUAAAAUAAGCGAGCAAAGUGACGCGUGAUAUGAAAAAAAAGAAAAUAAAACGUGAUUUGCCCGUAUAAGGGCGUUUGUAUAUAUUUCAUAUAGGUUUAUAAAUAAUGUGUAUUUAACUUUACUUAAUAGAUAUAAAACAAAUUAUACGAAAAAAUUUAAAAAAGUCGCCGUUUAUAGUAUCUUCUAAUCCCUUUUCGAAGUAUUAACAUAUUAAAGAACGAUUGAUGAACGAGUUAAAUAGACAUUAUCUCAAAAAAGAACUCUCAAAUGCAAAGCAUCAUCUUGAGGAGACAUAUACCAUCGUAUACUUUGUGGACUUUGCAAAUUGAAAAAAAAAGAAAGUCUUUCGCAAUGUUAGGCGUUUUAAGAUUGCAAGAAUUCUUGCUUAUGUGUGCGUGUAAAUAAACCCGGAAAAAAUGUCGAGCAUAGAACGAAGAAUCGCUGAAAACAAAAGGGCAGAAAAAUCGGUAGAUUCUUGUUCAAUACCUCAUAAAUGAUAUAAACGACUUUUAUUAAAAAAAAGUAGUAUAAUAAGAUGAUAUAAUCUAAAAAAAUCACAUUGAGGUUUACAAAGUGUUUAUUGGAUCGUUCGCAACGAUUAAAAAUUGAAGAGGAAAAAAUCCAAGGUGUACUCGCGGCAAAAUGAUCUCGAUAGUGCAUUUUUUACCGUAAUCGACGAUAGAAAAAAACAUAAAACUCGAUUGUUGAAAAUAUUUAUUGUGAGUCCGUGAGUAUAAGAUACGAUAUUAAUGAUAUUAAACGUAUAUCAAACAAAAAAUAAAAGUCUAAAUCAAUGUUUUCCCGACGACUGUAUAUAUUAAUGAAAAUACAAUUAGAUGAUGAAACGAUCAGGAGGAUUAUCGAUUUAGCUACAAAUAUAAAUUAACGCAACAUAUGCUUGAAAAAUAAGUAAGAAAAAACGUCAAGUUUAACGAAACGAUUAAAAACGUUGUAACCAAUACAAAACGGGGAAAACGAAAAAUGGUAUUAGUGAUUUGUAGAGUUAUUAUUACGCACAUCUGACAUUAUGUAUAUGAAAGAACAGCCGAAUGGUGAGAUGAAUAAAUAAGACACACUCUUUAAUAAUUAUUAAAAGUAAAAACCAAAGUAACAUCUACACUCAAUAAUAAAGCGUACAGACAAGAAACAAAUACACGAUUAUUAUAAGACUAUCAGUAUAUAUGAAAGAAAUUAUUUCGAUUUUUCUCAAGUGUAUUUAAGCUAAACAAAGUAAACGUAACUUUCACACCAGAGAAUACAUGCUGCAUGAAAGAACGUUUAAAGUAUAACAAAAAAAAAUAUGUUAGCGACGAUUAAAGUUAAUUAUCAGUACUGUGUAACAUUGACGCGAAUGAGUGUAUUUUAUUAAAUAAGAGGCAGAAGAAAAAUUGGGCUAAUCGCGUGAGUGAGGCGGUAAUAUCGCACGUAAUGUGUAAGUCGGAGUGCUUGCGAGGGUGCGUGUGAAUCAUCAAUCUUGUGCCACGAAAUACUGUUCUGUUUUUUACUCUUGAAAAAAUGCCCCUAUUCCCCACUUAUAAAAACGUACUUGUAUUGUUGAACGAAAGAGAGACGUGAGAAUCUUUAUCAAAUUGGCUGUGGUGUACAUCGCUUUACUCUUAUAAUAAUUAUUUUAUGAGAAAAUCGAGACUUCGAAAUUGAUCGUAUAUUUCAUUAGUGAAUUGGUUUCGAUUAAAUAAUAGGCAGAAUGAGUGAAAUUUUGAUAGAGCGCCUUGAAACGAAAGUAAAAUUGUUCGUGUCACAAUGAAGGAGCGUGGAUACAUUAAUUCGACAAACGUGAAUUGUUUUAUUUCUCGCGAAAAUGUAGGAAUCUGGAUUUAUAUAAAAUGAGAGUUAUUAGAUGUGGAUUGGUUACUUAAUAUAUAUAUAUAAUUCAAUACGUAGCAUUUUAUGAGAAUACUUUUUAAUAAAUGUCUGUUGAGCAAACGAUUU